CACCGUUAGUGUCAUGUUCGACACGCUACACGAGCAGAAAGUGUCACUCAUUACAUGUAGCUCACUGAAGAGACGAACGCAAUGGGAAACUUGGCUGUCGUCUACCUUUUGACAAUCAUCCUGCUUUCCGAGGCACGCGACAUCAAAAUCGAAAAAUGCGGUGGAGGUGAUGUCAAGCGAGUAGAUAUGACACCCUGCGACGCUGAGCCCUGUGCCGUCAAACGUGGAGACGUAGCUGUCAUCAACAUCCCAUUCACGUCUAAUCAGGACACAACCUCUGUGAAAGUGGGCAUCAGCGCUAAGCUAAAAAAUGUGGAGCUUCCGUUACCGGGCGCCGAUUCCGAUGGCUGCAAGAACAAGGGACUCACGUGUCCACUAAAGAAAGGCUCGAGCAACGCAUUCACUUACAAGCUCAAGAUACAACCAUUCUAUCCAAAGAUCAACGCGACAGCCAAGCUGCAUCUGGCUGGAAUCAAUGGAGAUCUCUUCUGCGUACUCUUUCCAAUCAGCAUCGUCGAUUAAGAUUAUGUGUGCACCUACCAGUGAAAACCUGUACAGUACUUCUGUUACCUCCGUUUAAAGACGCGCACGAAUAAAGCGUAGGACUAUUUGUA